AAAGUCGUGAGAAUACAGUAAAUUCUGGCCCAUCAUGUCUGAAGGAGAUGUCAAACCGCCAGUUGUGGGAGAAGCCCAUGAUGUAGACACUUUCCAUGUCCCCAAGGCAUUUUUCGACAAACACCCCGGAAAACCCCAUCUCGAAUCCCUCGAACACUACCAAAAGCUCUACAAAGAAUCCAUCGACGAACCCCAUGUCUUCUGGGCGCGCAUGGCCCGGGAGCUCCUCUCCUGGGAACGCGACUUCCAAACCGUCUACUCCGGCAGCCUCGCGAACGGUGACAACGCCUGGUUCCUCGAAGGCCGCCUCAAUGCCUCCUACAACUGCGUCGAUCGCCACGCCUUCGCCACCCCGGACAAGCCCGCCAUCAUCUACGAGGCCGACGAACCUGAAGAGGGCCGCGUGCUCACCUACGCCGAGCUCCUCCGCGAGGUCAGCCGGCUCGCCUACAUCCUGCGCCAGAUGGGCGUGCGGAAGGGCGAUACGGUGGCGAUCUACCUGCCGAUGAUCCCCGAGGCGGCGAUCGCGUUCCUGGCAUGCGCGCGCAUCGGCGCCGUGCACUCGGUCGUGUUCGCGGGGUUCUCGUCCGACUCGCUGCGGGACCGCAUCGUGGAUGCGCAGAGCAAGGUCGUCAUCACGACGGAUGAGGGGAAGCGCGGAGGGAAGGUCAUUGGGACGAAGAAGAUCGUGGACGAGGCGUUGAAGGGAUGCCCGGAUGUGAGCCAUGUGCUGGUGUAUCAGCGCACCGGGGCAGAGGUGCCGUGGACGAAGGGGCGGGAUUGGUGGUGGCAUGAGGAGAAGGAUAAGUGGCCCAGCUAUCUGCCGCCGGUGAGCAUGAGCUCGGAAGAUCCGCUGUUCUUGCUGUACACCUCGGGCUCGACGGGCAAGCCGAAGGGCAUCAUGCAUACCACGGGUGGAUACCUCCUCGGCGCUGCGAUGACCGGCAAAUACGUCUUCGACAUCCACCCUAGCGACGUCUUCUUCUGCGGCGGCGACGUUGGCUGGAUCACUGGCCACACCUACGUCGUGUACGCGCCGCUGCUGCUGGGCGUCGCUACCGUCGUCUUCGAGGGCACCCCCGCGUACCCCAACUUCUCCCGCUACUGGGACGUCAUCGAGAAGCACGGCGUCACGCAGUUCUACGUCGCUCCCACCGCGCUGCGCCUCCUCAAGCGCGCCGGUGACCAUCACGUGAAGCAUCAGAUGAAGACGCUGCGCGUGCUCGGGUCGGUCGGCGAGCCGAUCGCGGCGGAGGUGUGGAAAUGGUAUUUCGAGAUCGUUGGGAAGGAGGAGGCUCAUGUCGUUGAUACUUACUGGCAAACCGAGACCGGCUCCCACGUCGUCACCCCCCUGGGCGGCAUCACUCCGACCAAACCCGGCAGCGCGUCCCUCCCCUUCUUUGGCAUCGAGCCCGCGAUAAUCGACCCCGUCUCCGGCGAGGAAAUCCCCGGCAACGAUGUCGAGGGCGUGUUGGCGUUCAAGAAGCCAUGGCCGAGCAUGGCGCGCACGGUGUGGGGCGCCCACAAGCGAUACAUGGACACCUACAUGAGCGUGUACCCGGGAUACUACUUCACUGGCGACGGCGCAGGUCGCGAUCAUGAAGGCUACUACUGGAUCCGCGGCCGUGUCGACGAUGUCAUCAACGUCUCCGGCCACCGCCUCUCCACCGCCGAAAUCGAAGCCGCCCUCCUCGAGCACCACUCCGUCGCGGAAUCCGCCGUCGUCGGCGUCGCGGACGAACUGACCGGCCAAGCGAUCAACGCCUUCGUGGCACUCAAAGACGGCAUCGAGACGGACGCGAUCAAGAAGGAGCUGACGCUGCAGGUGCGGAAGAGCAUCGGGCCGUUCGCGGCGCCGAAGGCGAUUUUCGUGGUGCCGGACUUGCCGAAAACGAGGAGCGGGAAGAUCAUGCGGAGGAUUUUGAGGAAGAUUGUAGCCGGGGAGGAGGAUCAAUUGGGAGAUACGAGUACGCUGAGCGACCCUAGCGUCGUCGACAAGAUCAUCGAGACGGUGAAACAGAGCAAGAAAUAAGCAUCCCCCUUCGAUCCGAUGCGACAUGGGGAGCUCGACUGGUUCGUAUCAGUGGUGGUGAUGGCGCUAUGUCAUUCCUCAAGCCAUUGUCCGAGGAGAUCGAGAGAGGAGCACGAUGUGGUUGAUUAUGUGAUAUGAUUACGGAGGACAUAUGGGUCGUUGCAGUAUUGGAUACGAUGAUGGGUUCUGUUCGAGAACGUACGGACCAGGAGAUUUACUGCUGGAUUUAUUCGGUAGCGCGGGUAAUUAGUUACAGUGCGAGAUAUCAAUUCCAUGCAGAUUUCAAUGUUCCGAGGGAG